CGGCACCGCCCCUCCUGUAGCGCGGCGCUCCCUCGGCAUUUGCCUUCUCUCCGCUAAGUAAAACCACUCCCUUGCCGGAAAUAUUUUGUCCUUUCCCUGAUAUGUAGUGACAGUGCCCUUUAAAGCACUGGCCACGUUUCCGGGGCCGUCGUGGGAGGUUGGGAUUCCCUUUGGGUGGGCGUUGUUGACUUAUUCUUCCCUCCGCCCCGCACAUCCUUGAUCAGCAGCAGUGACGGGGACUGGAGCUAGGGAAAGGUUUGCGGUGACGGCGAGGAGCAGGAAAUGGUGCACAUAAAAUUUCCCACAGCACUAUUUUGAAGAAAAGCAAGACAGUUUUGCCCUGGGGAUUCUGUUACUAAAACAGAUUAUCAGAUCGCUGUCUGAGAGAGCUUGCUGUCUGUAAAUUGCUGCUGCCUUUCAACAUUACAGAAGUGACUCUGCUUCCAAAGUCCCUCACUUUCUUUUAAGUGCAUUGGGAAAUCCUGAAUCAGUGCUUAAAAGAUUGCCACAUCACAGCUAUGGCUGCUCUCCUAACUGCCUUGAUCUGUGCCUCUGAGAAAUCUGCAAAUAUAGCUCGGGCUUGCAAACGAGAAGACACACUCUUCCAGCUCCUGAUCGAAGAGAAGAAAGGGCCAGAGAAAAACAAGAAGUUUGUGCAAGACUUCAAGACUCUGGCAGAUGUCAUCAUUCAAGAAGUGAUUAAGCAUGAUAUUGGGAAAAAGUUUCCGGAGCUUGCAUCUCACAUCGCUGGAGAGGAAUCCAAUCAUUUUGAAAAUGGCUUGGGUGAAACCAUUAUUGUGAAAGUCUGCAAAACAGAGCAAGCAACUGCAGAAUUGAUAAGUAAAGUGCUGGAUGGGAAUCUGAAAGCUGCUGGCCUUCUAGCUAAGUGCAUCCAUGAAGAUGUCCACAUCGAUGGUCCAGACUUGGAAAAACUAAAUAUAGACAUUCCUAUGGACACCAUAGGGAUAUGGGUUGAUCCUAUUGAUUCAACCAAUCAAUACAUCAAAGGGCAGCUUGAAGAGAAGUUCAAAUCUGGCAUCCACCCAUACGGUCUGAAAUCUGCUGCUGUACUUAUUGGAGUCUUUGACAGAAACUCAGGGCAGCCAAUCAUGGGAGUUAUUAAUGUCCCAUUUAAUGAAGCGGACCCAAAUUUAAGGUGGCAGGGAAAAUAUUACUGGGGUAUUUCCUACAACGACAUCAAUGUCCACUCCAUACCAAAGCAGCUUCCUGCACAUCACAACCAACUUUCAAUAGUCAUGAGCUCAAGUGAGAAGGAUUGCAUCAAGAAAGCAUUAGCUCCUAUCUGUGGUGAAAGAAUGUUCUAUGCUUCAGGGGCAGGAUACAAAAUCUUGUGUACUAUCCUUGGUUUGGCAGAUGCGUAUGUCAUCACAGCAGAUACUACAUUUAAAUGGGAUACCUGUGCCCCUCAUGCUAUCUUGAAAUCCUUAGGAGGGGGAAUUGUAAACCUUGCCAAAGUCCUGGCUGAGGUGAAGGAGAAAGGCCCUGGUGUUAUUCCAGAAGUCCAAUACAAGAUGCCUGAUGAAGGGUCAAAAGAAACCGAGAAAUGGGCCAACACAGGAGGCCUUGUGGCCUACAGGUCUCAACAACAGUUAGAGGCUAUUAUUAAUGCACUCUUGGUUUAAUUCUACGCACUUAGGGUAGAGUUCUACUUCACACUACAACUAAGAUACAAUAGGUUACAAAUGUGCUUUUUAUUAAACAAAGAAUCUAAUUGACCCAUCCCUAGCCAAUUCUCUUUUUCAUAAAAGUAAAAUGGAUUUAAUAGACAUUGUUUUAGAGCACUUAGACAAUGUACCAGAAAUCAGAUCUACACUGUUCUUCAAAAUAAACAAAUUGCAGGAGUAAGGAAAGAGUAGUAACUAUAUAACAGGUCUCUUGCAAUUUUAAAUCUUAUCUUUUGCAAAGCAGCUGCAAAACAAUGAAAAGUUCCGAAGCAGGUUGAAAUUCUCCCUAUUACAGAUUUUACCCAUUCUGCCAAAUCAAAAAUACUCCUGUUGGCCUCUUGCAUCGUUGAAAAGUAGGCAAACCAUAAGUUUUGCCCAAGACUAACAAUUAUGGGCAUGCUCCACUCAUUUAAAAUUGAGAUCAUUUCUUUCCUCUUCGCUGGAAAGCAUUGAUCCCUGAGUCAAGGAUCCAUCAGCCCACUGUGAAUGAAGAAUGUAUGAGCAGCCAUUUAUUUGAUUAUGAUGGUACAGCAGAGCUCAAUAUAUCUACACACAGUAUUUGGCAGAGAAACCCUAAACAGAGAUCAAGAGUUUGUCCUUGUGUCAUCACCUAAUCUAUGGGCAGUGUAGCCGUUUAGCGUGCCUCUGCUUUAUUUGAUAAGAAUUCUCUACAAGGCAUUCCAUUCCCUCAAGUCAGUGCCAGUCAGUCGUUAAAAUUAAAUCACACAAUAACCAAGGCAAAUCUCUGAAUUUGAGCCCAAAUAACAACAAAAAUAAAUCAGUAUUGUUUGAAGUUAAACUGCCUUUUGUAAUCUGUGUUACAGAAAGUAAUAAAACAUUUAACUCUACAUCAUUUUUUACAAAAUUAAAGAUUUGAUAUACAAAAAAACUGCCAUUACUGCUUUCAUUGCUAGUGCCUUUUUUAUUUGCAGAAUGCCUUUUAAUGUGUGGUCUAAAUUAAAACAAAACAGAUAAAGGGUCAAAGCCCAUAGUUUAAGACACAGUUUUGAAAAUAGAGAAAGUAAUUAGGGCAACAUCAGGUUUAAGCUUUGCAAAGCUCAAGAUUGUAAGAUUGGGGAAAACCAAGAGAUAAGUUCCAUCAUGUGAAAGGCUCUGGAAAGAAAAAGUAGGUACUGUUUGUUACAACUGUGAGGAUAUGGUAACAGAAUGUUUUCACUAGCCUCCUGGAGAAACGAGAGUAGGGGGACAAGAUGAAGGGACGGAGGUGGAUACAAGAGGGGUAUUUUUGGCCCCCUCAUUGUCCAGUAUCGUACAGCUGAAAUUUCAAAAAGACCAUUGGGCUUUGCUUUUUCCAGAAUCAAUAUUUUAAGUUAAUUCACAGAUGAUUUUACCUCAGUACAAGUUAAACGUUUGCUACAUGUUGUUGGGUCACAUUUUGGUCACUGUG